AUGACGCGGAUGAGUCACUGGGUGGAGGAUGGUCUAUAUAAAGACGACUACAUCAGCCUCCCGGCCGGAGACAAGCUUAUGAAAGGUCAGAUUGCAGAUUCUGCCCACUUUGUUGCGUGGAGCCAAGGACCAACGAUGGAGAGAGGCAGCAGCAUCAUCUCCACCCAGACCACCUCCAUCCCCGUCAGCUGCUCCACCACUGAUGGGCCUUGCACCGGCUCCUCCACAGUCUUGCUGUCUUACAAAAACGCAUCUCAGCAUCUGACUUCAUUGGGAAUCAAAACGGGAUUGGGGAUCCUUAAAGUGGCCUCGUCUCAGUGGAAACAGGACAAGAAGACCCGUUCAGGUGUGAGGCCACUGUCCACAGCCAACAGCAGCCAUCCCUGCAAGAAAUCCACACUUGAUCAUCUGGCAGCUCUGGUUCUCCACGGACAAAUCAGACAGCAACACAUCGGGGAGGAGCAAGCAAAGACCAAGCCUCAGAACUGUAAACGCAUCGUGGUCCUCGGUGCUCCGCGGGUCGGGAAGACCUCCAUCCUGAGGAGAUACUUUAGGGACGGGUUUGUGGAGGAUUACAGUCCCACCUCGGAGGAUUUCCUCAGGAAGCUGUUUCGUAUCCGAGGAGAGACUUACCAAAUCGACGUCCUGGACGCGUCCAGGGAGCGGGCUUUCCCAGCCAAGAGGCGGCUGUCUAUCCUCACCGGAGACAUUUUCCUCCUAGUAUUCAGUCUGGAUGACCGGAGCUCUUUCGACGAGGUCUGCGCCCUGAGAUCUGAGAUACUUGCAGCUAAAUCCAAGCUCACCAAAUCCUCUGUUCCUCUGGUGGUCUGCGCCAACAAGAUGGAUAUCCCGAAGUCUGAUAGGGGAAUAUCUAAGGCAGAGGUUCUUGAAGUCCUCGGUGAUGACUGCGCCUAUUUUGAAACAUCUGCAAAGGAAAGCACGAACUUGGAGAAAGUCUUCGAAACCUUGGCGACGCUAGGCGGGCUUCCGACUGAAACUGGCCCGUCUCUGCACCGCAAACUCUCCCUCCGUUCAUACCAGGCGAUGCGGACAGGCCGGGUGUCGGGGACGGGCAGUCACACCCCGGGGGGGCGAGAUGAAGCCUGCGGUGCCCUGCACCCACUGGCCCGUCGGCCGAGUUUUAGCACGGAUCUCCGACAGGUUAUUGGGCCACAUACUGCAAGAAAGACGGGCAAAGCGCUGGAGAAAUGUCAGAUUCAAUGA